AUGUCCACACAACAAUCACGAUCUGAAGGGCAUCGUAUCAGUGCUCCAGAUGGUACUAAUAGUCUUGGUAGUACUGAAGCCACUAUUAAACAAUUAAGAUCGCAGAACGAUCAACUGUGGAAAAUAAUAGAGAAACAAAAAACUGUAAUAACCAAUCUACAAAAGGACAAUCAAAAGUUGGCCCAUGAAAGAGAUAGGCUUCUUUUAAAAAUUAGAGACAUUGACGCUUUUGAACGUCCUGAGGAGAAUAAUGUUAAAGGUGGUAAUGAAACCAAAGUAAUCGCGGACAAUAUUAAUGAUAAUACAUCGACUUCAGAUGCAAUUAGAAUACGAACCAAUACACCACCACCACCUACAUCGCGUCUAUCAAAAUCGUUUCUUCAAUCACAGAAACAGCAGCUAGAAACGGAGCUGCUAACACGAAGCUCCCAAUCACAACACCAAGAUUCUGAAACUUUAAUAAUACCUGAAACUUCUGCACCUUCAAGUCUGAGUGUUUCUAAUGAAUCGAAUUCACGUAAUCUUCCACCUGUAGUUGUUCAUGAGCCUUCUCCUGAAAGAUCAAACUUUGAGCAUGAAAAGGAUUCGGAAACCCAACUUGACGAGGCAUCAUCACGAGAUAAUAGUAACAUUGUUACCUUAAAUUUAGUAAAUGAAUUCAACUCUCAACAAUCUUUACCAGACAGCAACCCUUCAGGUUCAUCUUCCAUAGAUACGCAAACCUUGCCUUCGCCACUCAACUUAGAUCAAAGUUUACAAAAUUCCAAGCUACAACAAAAUCCACCACCUUCACCAUCAAUGUCAACUAAAUCUUCAGAAUCUGAAAGUUUAAGCAGUGGAAGUUGCAGUCGACAUAGACGUCAUAGCACAACGCAAACUAUUGAUACUGAAUUAGAUAUUUUAGAAGAUGCUGAUACUCAUAUCCAAUUUCCUCAGCUUUCUUUGAAGGAUUCCUCUCCAAGACCUUCGAGUCAAUAUAUUAAUAUUCAAGGUCCAGAAGCCGAUGAGAUUUCUACUCAAAAUCUUAAAAAAGUUCCUGAACCUUUAGGAUUGACACAUCCAGUAUCACAAAAGUUAGGAACAUCCCAACGUUCUCCUGGUUUGCCAUCCUCCCCUAAGGCUUAUAUUUAUAACAAUGAUGAACAGUUAAAUGAUGCAAAUGCGUCUUCAAGAAAUUUUAUAGUUAAUCAAGAUAAUAUGAACUAUAAUAAAUAUUCGCAAAGUGUUAGUCACAAUCAAGCUGUAGAGAGAUCACAACCAUUUAGGUCACAUUCAUUACCUACUGGUGAUCAUGAAAAGCCUGAAGAUGAAAGGUCCUGGAGAGAUUCUCAAACCAGUACCAGUGAAUCUUUAGAUAUUGGUAUGAAAGAUAGAUCACUGAGAGCAAGUAGAUCGUUUAGUCAUGUUCCCACAGGACCGCGAUCUCGUAUAUCAAUGAUGCCACCUCCUCACGGAGAAUAUCCAGAAUUCCGAAAUCUUAAUCCGAAUAAUAUAUCUUUACCUAACCAGGGACAAAUUGAUAAUCCCUCAGCAAAUCCAUCACAAGGACAGCAGUUGCAAUCUUUUCAGUCACCAUCUCCUUUAUCACAACAAUCACAAAUACCGCCACGUUCAGAAGCACCUACACCUUCGAUUACUUCAGAUGGUAUAUCUGGGAUAGCUGUAAAGGUUAUUGGCAGCAAUAAAAAAACCAAUGACAAGGGAAAGGAAGUGUUGGCAUUCAUUAUUUCUGUUGGACAGGCAAGAGUAGUUGAUGGAUGCAUUGUUGGAAUGGAAAAGGAACUGUGGAGGUUAAAGCAACGACAUAGCAAGAGCACGAUAAACAAAAUUGGUAAAUUACCGGAUAAAAAUUUAUUUCAUAACAAUGCACCCAGCAAAGUUGACGCGCGAAAGACUGCCCUUGAACAAUAUCUUCAACAUAUCAUAUCCCUGCCCUUAAGAGAUACUAAAGAUUCUAACGAUUUAUGCAAAUUUUUAAGCACAAACGUUAUUGAACAAGAUGAUAAAGAUUCUCAGCAACCUGGAUAUAAAGAAGGCUACCUUACUAAGAAAGGAAAGAGUUUUGGUGGAUGGAAAUCAAGAUAUUUCGUAUUGAAAUCACCGGUUUUAGAAUAUUAUGAAAGCAAAGAUGGCAGUCAUCUUGGAUCGAUUCGUUUAACACACGCACAAAUUGGUCGACAACAAACUUCAAAUGACACGGAUAAAGAUAAUGAAAAUUCUUAUCGUCAUGCAUUCUUGAUUCUGGAACCAAAACCUGGAUCGAAACAGCAAAAUACACGUCAUGUAUUAUGUGCGGAGAGCGAUGCAGAAAGGGAUGAAUGGGUAGAAGCCUUACUGCAAUAUGUUGGAAUAUCACAAAAUGGCCAAUGGAAUGCACAACCGAUGUUAGGGGUUUCAAUUAGUCAGGCUCAAAAGCGUUCCAGCAUGUUGGAGGAAAUUGAACGUAUAAGGAAAUAUAAUGGAACACCAGAACCUAGAGAUGUUUCACCUUCGUCCUCGCAAGUUGUUGCGGUUGUUAGCAGUAAUAAUUCAUCUCUAGGACAAUCAAGUACUAGGCGCGACCGACCACAUGACGAUCAAAUUGCUGAAAAAAGAAAAAAUUCGCGCAAGACAUUCUUCGGUAACAUGUUUGGUAGUAGAGACGAUAAAAAAAGAAAUAAUGACAUACGACCCGAUGUCUCAAAAGUAGUUUUUGGUAUUCCUUUGGAUCAGGCAAUUGCAGUCGCACGCAUAAAAGAAGGGUAUGAACUUCCUGCUGUCGUUUAUAGAUGUAUAGAAUAUCUAGAUGCAUAUGAUGCAGAUAAAGAAGAAGGUAUUUACCGUCUCAGCGGUGCAGCUAUGACGUUAAAACACUUAAAAGAUAGAUUCAACACUGAAGGUGAUGUCGACUUACUUCACCAAGGAGAGCAUUACGACGUGCAUGCUGUAGCUGGGUUGUUGAAGCUUUAUCUGAGAGAACUACCUACCAGUGUUCUGACCCGAGAAUUGCAUAUGGAAUUUGUAAACGUUGUUGAUCUUCUUGAUAGACGAGAUCGUAUUAAUGAACUUGGUCGUUUAGUUUCUGCCCUUCCUCUAUCAAACUAUACAUUACUUCGAGCACUGACAGGUCACUUAAUAAGAAUAGUACAAAAUUCCGACAUCAAUAAGAUGACUGUACGAAAUAUUGGGAUAGUAUUUUCCCCCACAUUAGGUAUUCCAGCCGGUGUUUUUAGUCUCUUCAUGGCGGAGUUCGAUUACAUCUUCUUUACCGAUAGUGAUGGUGUUGCUGCACCAAAAACUUUAGAAGCAGCACCAGAAAAUCACGAGUAUCAUCAACCCUCAACAACCGAUUUUUCAUCCCAACCCACCUCAGAUAGCCAGCAGCAAUUGAAAAAUGUCAGUCCGGAUGAAGAUCCAACUUCACCUACUGCUUUGUCACCUAAAAAUGCUUUACGACGACGUGAUAUACGUGAGGAGAUUACAGGCAGAAGCAAUCGAAAUAGCGUUCAUUAUAUGGACAAUGCGCCUGAUGUUGUGGUCGGAUUGGAACGGAAGUUGACAGUAACUAAAUCAAGCCUUCGUAAGAAUGAUCAGAAUGAUGAUUCAUCGGAAGAGGAAGUUAAUGAUCUAGCUCUUCAAGUUGAAGAUGUUGAUUAUGAUGCCGAGAGCGUAUCAUCAGUUUCCAUUGAAGAAUUUGUCCCAUCUUCACCACCUAAUUCUUCAAAUUUCCCAUUACAAUCUCCUCGGACACUAGUACCACCGUCCUUAUUACCACAAAAUUAUCUCGAAAUGUCAGAUGAUACAUCAGAAACACAGCAAAAUUCUGUAGCAGGUUACGCCGAUGAUGUCAAACUAUGA